AUGCAUCGCACCGAGUUCGUUACGCCAUGGAUUCGUAUGCGGAGGCAGGAAGUUAGCAUACGUACCGAGAUGAAACGUUUAAAAGUCGUAGAACCGACGACUGAGCGACACUCGACGACAUAUUUUGGUAAUCGCAAGCGGGAGAAGAGAAUUGCUGACACAAGAUUGGCGUACGAUCGUUUGCAUGACGUAACUCCCUUCGAUCCGAGUAAACCACGAUGCGAUCGCACGAAGCCGCGUCUCAUUUGGGCGGAGAUACACGAGGAGAACAAACGUCACGUCGUGCCAAUGACUGCUAAUCACUGGUACGGUCGACCGAUUAGAGUCCAAAUCGAUUAUCCUGACAUGAGAUUUGCUCGAUCGAGCAAAACCAGAGAUUUCUACAGACGGAAUCUCAUCUUGAUCCUUGAUGGAGCAGAACGUGAAACUUUCUAA